GCACAUCCUCGCCUGCAUUAACUACCAGAAACCCAAUUCUCAAAGCUGAGCUUUCUUUCUUUUGGUUGAUAUUUUUUUGCUGCCUGUGAGAAAAUAACCUGCUAUUAGUUGAGCUGGAUUAAUGGCUACGGUUGGGAGAGUAGUGGUUCUUCUAUGGGCGGACAUACUGGCUGUCUAUUCUCUGUACAUAAUGAUGACCUACUUGACCGACGUUUGGGGGGUUGGGUUCACCCACGCUGCUGCCAUUGUCAACAUGUUCUGGGGUGUGGUCACAGUCUCCCCAUUAUUCGUCGGAUAUGUAACCGAGACGUUGCUGGGCAAUUACUUGACGCUCUUGCUCUCCAGCAUUGCUUACAGUGCUGGGUUGGGAUUUUUAACCAUGUCCACUCCACCAGUGUUGGCAGAUUCCCUGGGAACCUGCAGUGAUUACAAGGCUGACUGUAUUGGCCAUGGCCAGAAAGCUCUGUUCUACGCAGCAUUGCCUUUAAUAGCUUUCGGGAUGGUUGGCCAUUUGACUUCUAUGAACCAAUUCUUGGCCGAGCAGCUGAGUGAUGAAGAUCAUGACAAUCUCCACAUAGGCAUAUUCUGGCGGUUCUUUUCUGGCAUUCUAGCCGUGAUCAUUGUAACCUUUGUUGCAGUCUUCGCACUCCCCUAUAUAAAGCCAUGGUCUCUCCGUUUCGGAAUCCCUGCCAUAUGCUCUUUGGUUGCCACUCUCCUGUUCAUAAGUGGCUCAUGUUCUUACAACUAUUUCAGACCAGCAGGUAGUCCUCUGACAAUGUUUGUCCGAGUGUUUGCGGCUGCUGGUUCCAAGUUGUUCUAUCGAACACCAAAAGACCCCAACGAUCUAUAUGAGAUCCAAAAUCCUCAGCUUUACGUGGUUCCCCAUACGAGGAGCCUCAGGUGCUUGGACAAGGCUGCAAUUCUGAUCCCUACAAAACCGCACGAGGAACAGGAAAAUAACAUAUGGAGACUCUGCAGGGUUACAGAGGUCGAAGAGACGAAAACCAUCUUGCGAAUGAUUCCUGUGUGGAUGACUUUCAUUUUAUGCGGAGUUAUCUCCUCCAUAGGAUUCACCUACUUCAUUGAGCAGCUAAAUCAUAUGAACCACAAAGUUGGGCGCCUCAAGGUCCCCAUAGUUGUCUUCCUUUUGUUCUUUGAACAAGCUCAGAAUGUAUUCGCCACGCUCUAUCUCAAGCUUGCAAACGUAUUAAGCCAAAAUGGAUUUAAAAAGUUUGCCCCUCCAAUAGGGAUUUUGAUAUCAAUGAUCCUUGCAAUUCUCUGCUGCAUCACUGCAGCCAAAGUGGAGAACCGAAGGCUUGGCGUGGUGCAAAGGCACGGGCUUGUAGACAAGCCGGAUGAAACAGUGCCGAUGACAAUGUUCUGGCUGCUUCCACAGUUUGUCCUCCUUGGUGGAUUUCAGGGGGUGUUCACCUGCAGUGCAGUUUAUUUUUUUGUGGAUCAAUCACCUAAGUCGGUGGAAGGAUACUUGCCGCAUUUCAUCAUCGGCGUGUCUGGCUUGGGGUUUCUUGGGGAUGUGCUGUUGGUGUUCGUGGUGGGAAAGGUGAGCGAAAGAGGAGGGAAAAGGAACUGGUUCCAGCACAAUUUGAAUGGGAGCAGACUUGACAAGUAUUUCUGGACAUUGUCUUGGCUGAUGGCUGUCAAUCUCGUGAUAUUCGUCGUGGUUGCGAUACUGUAUCGGUACCAGGAAUCUGAGCUGGAAGAGUUAGAGAGUCCUGAAUUUGGUGGGAUGGACGAGGGAUACGAUGAUAAUGCCAGGUGCUGCAGCGGUUUCUGCUGUUAGAAUAUGGAUUGAAUCUUGACCUGAAAACAAUUAGUGCUUUUGUGAAUUCGUUUCAAGUUUCUGCUAUUGAUUAUUGAAUGUAUAGCCCAAAUAAACUAAUAAGUGCAUUCUUUAAUCUCCAUAUACAGACAAUAUUCUAAA